CAUUGGUCAUUUGAGUUACAGUGAAAGCCGCCGCCGCAAUCAAACCAUGUUAAGCUGUAGGCGUGGCAGAUUUCCACCAUUCACUCCGAUUUCCCUCACUUGACCACCCACGGGACUUUUGACAGCUUCACCUCCUGGAGCACCCGUAGCAUAUAAAGGCGACAAGGACUGACCAUCUACCCCCAGAACCACAACAGCACUUCUAGACUUCGACGCGGUCUUCCGAUAGAUAAUCUUCAACGACACACCAACCAUGGCAGAACCACUCGACGACAAGAGCAAGGGCAAGAACAAAGCCCGCACCGAAUCCUUUCCACAUCCGCGCCUCAGCGACCCGACCAUGGCCAUAGGCAGCCUCAGCCUGCCGCCUCCAACCCUCGCGCCCCCAUCCCCGCCUCACUCCCCAGAGUCACGCAUCACGCACGGCGGGCCCUCAAGCGAACAGCAAGGCUCACCCACCCUGGCGUCCUCGUCAACCACAGCCGGCACCUCGGCCAUGGCCACCCACGCCGCCGCCGCCGACACGCCCUACCACGAGCUCACGUCCAGCGAGCCCCCAGCCUCGGACCCGGACGCGCUGACGGCGCAUCUGCGCGGGCAGCUCGCCACCGCCACGACGUUAGUGGCCUUCUUGCACACGCAGGUCGACGCCCUGCGCGCUGAGAACGAGGCCCGCAAGGAGCAGACCCAGGACCGCGCCGCGGUGGCUCGCCACGCCCUCGCGGUGCUGCGGCAGGCGUAUGCGCGCGGCGAGCGCCUGCUCGCGCACUGUGGGGCGCUGGAGCGGCGGGUGCGGGAAGCUAAAAACAGGAAGAGCGGGGGUGGGGGAGGGGGAUGGCGGAAGCUGCUGGGCAUGGGAACGGGAGGGAGGAAGAGCGCGGCGAAGGAGAAGGGCCCCGAGCGGGAGCCGGUGCUCGCGGACGCGCUGCCCGGGGCCGGGAUUGCGUGCGCGCGGUGCGGCGAGCUGGUGCCGGCGGGCGAGGGCCACAGAGUCCCCCUGCGCUGGCCCGAUGGCGGGCUCAAUCCGUUUGCGAUGCACCCGGAUUUCUUGGACACGCGGCACGUGGAACGGCAGGCGCUGGUGGUGGCGGCGGCGGAGCACGGCACCGCUGGCUCUUCUGGCUCUGGGGGUGCGGAUGCAGAUGCGGAUGUGGCUGCUGCGGAGUUGGGCCGGUUUGUGCGCGGCCGCGAGUUGAGGCAGGUGGUGGAGCUGGUGGAUGACGGGCUCAGGAAGCUAGGCGAGGGGAUUGCGGACGUGGCGGAGAAUACAAAGGUGCGUACACGCUCGCAAGCCUCUCAAACCGUCGAUGCUCGCGAUAGACAUGGUCUAGACCGCAGUAUUGCGCUCCAAAACCCCUGAGGGCGAGGGCGAGGGAUA